AUGAAGUCCUCUCAGUGGUUCUGGAAGAUGGCAGCCGUUGCAGUCACGGUGGGCGGAGGUGGAAGUGGUGGUGCAUACGCGCAGAGCACGCCUACUCAGACCUGGACACCUGGGUCGACGUGUACACAAGGUCUCCCCACACCAAGCGCCUCCGACGGCACAUUCAUUGAUUCCUUCGGCGCAAAUUGGGCCGUACAAUGCGGACAAGAUGACAGCUACAGCUCUUACGACCCAGCACAGGGGACCAACGGUCAUGGUAUAUACUCAUGUUUCCGAGGAUGCGACAACCGGCCCGGAUGCAUAGGGUUCACUUUCUACGGCGUUGUCGAUAAUGCGGGAGGAGGCCCAACUACUGGCGCAGGGCAGUGCUUUUACAAGCAAGGCACGGGACCAUACUUUUCGAGCAACGCAGCCCAGGGAGGAUACACGCUAUACGCUGGCGCAAGGCUCAUAAGCAACGGCACCCCGAGCAAAGCCUGCCCUGCGUACAACGGUACCAUUUUUACCAACGCCAACAACAUCAACUACCAGAUUCUUUGCGGCCAGAACACCAAUGGAGUCACCGGAGUCACCCAGUACGCGGACAGCAUGGAGGGCUGUAUGCUCAGAUGCGACGCCAUGUCCACCUGCACUUUCUUCUCGUACACAUAUGUUGGUUCCGAACCGCGAGAAGGAAAUGCCAACACCAACGGAGUUUGCGUUUUGCAACAAGGCGCAGCAUCGCCGACGAGCAAUCCCACUGCCGCGGUGGCUAUCAAGGUUGGAACCACGUCCGUCCCUACCCCUACCGGAAGCCCAGUCACCGCAAGCACGGCGAUAUCAUCUUCCACGGCGACGUCGUCUUCCACAGCAGCCGCGGCGAUCACUACUUGCACUUUAGCUCCUGUGCCCAGCGUGCCAGCAUGUCCGUCUGGAAACAACAUCAUAUUCACCGAUACAUGUGGCACCAACUACACAGUCAAUUGCGGGUUUGACUCGACUGUAGGCGCAUCGAGCACCGUUCAGGUUCCAGCCAAUAACAUCCUCGCAUGCAUGCAGCAAUGUGACGCCUAUGCCGGGUGUAGGUCAGCGACCCUCGGAGGCACCAAUUGCUAUCUGAAACUUGGUGUUGGAAGUCUGACUGCCAACACAAACCUGGUCACCAUCAUCCGCUACAUUCCACCCAACCCCAACUACGCAGUACCUCCGACAUGCCCGGGAGGUCCGGGCUGUUCCACAGGCUGUGGCUCUGUUCUCCCAGCUGGCAUGGUGCCGGAUGGUGCGUCGACACUGGUCAAUGCUGUGGGUCCAGACGGUCUCCCUCGCAGCUACCUGAUUCAUAUACCGAAGCUCUACAACCCCAACCGAGCAGCCCCAAUUAUCUUUGGCUUCCAUGGAAAUAACGCAGACGCCCCCACCAUCGAGUCGCAAACGGGAAUGAACGACGCCGCAACCAAUCCCUAUGCCAUUGCAGUGUACGUCAAUGGAUAUGGCCGAGGCUAUAUGUCGAACCCAGCCUGGUCUCCUGGUGGCCAGUAUGCCAACGUUGACGAUCUGGGCUUCAUGAACCUGCUCAUCUCGAACUUGACAUCCAGCUUCUGCGUCGACACUACGCGUCUCUUCGCAGUGGGCCACAGUAAUGGCGGUGGGUUUGUCAACGUCCUGGCCUGCGAUCCGGUCCUGAGUGUAAAGAUCGCCGCUUUUGCCGGCAGCUCUGCUGCCAUGUACACGAACUUCACCACUGGUAACCCUUCGACCAUUGAGCCUGUCAACACUGUCAAUCAGCCCGUGUGCUCGCCAGGACGCAACAAUACCCCCAUCAUUGAGUUCCACGGUACGGCAGAUACUCAGAUCUUGUACAACGGUGAUACCACGCACAAUGGGCGCAUUCUGCCUUCUCUCCCGCAUUGGGCCACUGCUUGGUCUGUCCGCUUGGGCUUGGACCCGUCCAACUACACGACUUACCCUUCAAACAACGUGGCGAUGUACCAAUUCGGUGGUUUGACUGGCCAACUUGGGAUCAUCACUCAUUACAGGCUCACUGGAUGGAUCCACGCCUACGCGAAGGUCUCAGCUGGUGCGCCUAUCGACUGCACGCCGCCGAUCAUGGACUUCUUCUACAAAUGGUCGGAUCCAAACAGACAAGCGCAAUUUGCUCCUGUCGUCUCCAGCAGUACUUCGUCUACGCACUUCUUCGACGACCACAACCAGUUUCAGCACCACGACUUCCUCUUCCUCUUCCACCACCACAUCCAGCAUAUCCACCACCUCGACAUCGAGCACUACCUCCACAUCCAGCAGCUUGAUUUCAUCAUCGUCAACAUCGCCGACCACAACAUCAAGCACCUCUUCGUCAACUGCGUCUUCAUCCACUCCAUCUUCAACCACUUCGACUUCGACCGCCACAUCAUCAACGGUCUCGUCGUCUACCUCAUCGUCGUCGUCAACCUCUUCAGCAACGAGCAGCUCUUCGACAUCAAGCUCCUCAACGUCAAGCUCCUCUUCAACGUCCUCGCUGCCGACCUCAUCGUCUUUAACUGCGUCGACCACAACCAUGUACCGUAUACUUCGCCCAACUUCAUCUGCCCUCGCGACCAUGGUCAGACGUACACUGACCCCUUGGGCAAGACAUAUAUGAUCGGCUGCGGCACUGAUCUCAACAACGGCGGAGCAUAUUACGAUAUAGCUGUGGGUGAUGCUGGCUCAUUCAAUGACUGCUUCUACUAUUGCUCUACGAACUAUCAGGACCAUCCUGUCGAUUGUGGAGCUGUGGCAUACUUUGGCGGUAACGGCUAUGGGGUCGGCCCCGGGCGAUGCUAUUUCAACGACCUCAGGCCUCAAAGCUUCAAAUCGUCGAACUGGCAGCAUGUCGCUAUGAUCCGCAUGGACUACUAUCAGGAUGCUCCGUACACACCUGGACUUGGUCCUCCAACCACUACAACCACCACCACCGCGACAGCUACGCCAACGUGGGUGACCUGCCCUGAUGAUAACGGUCGGACCGUCACAGAUGGCCUGAGCAUCCAGUAUUCGAUUGGAUGCGGCAACGACACCUCUGGUGGCAAUUACAACGUUUACAUUGUGUACAACGGUGCAAGCGACUGCUUCAACUUCUGCGACAACUCUCAGCAGCUUGAUGGGCAAUACUGCACAGGCUGGACAUAUUCGGGAGGUGCAAAUGGCGUCGGCUACGGAACGUGUUUCGUGAAGUCGUUCGUGUUGGGCGGCAUUGCCUUCACACCUGGUAACGACAAUCUCGUCGCCGCUAUCAGGAUAUCACCACCCGACGUUCAAACGACGGCCAAUACCAACACGCCUUGCUUCUACGACACGGUCGUCCUCUACGGCAACUUCCACGACGGGCUUCGCCAGUACGACGUCAUCUGCUUCGGUAUCGUCUACCUCGACAUCUUCUGGUAUGCCAUCGUCUACCUCGGCGUCGUCCACGACGGCGCCUUCUUCUACAUCAUCAUCUGCUACAUCAUCGUCCACUUCACCAUCGUCUACUUCAACGUCGUCCACCGCAACAUCGUCUACUUCGACACCGUCCACUUCGACAUCGUCCACUGCGACAUCGUCUGUUGCGACUUCUACCACUGCCUCGUCGACCAGCCAGGCGACAACUGGAUCCAGCUCGUCGUCAUCAACAUCAACGUCACGCACGCGGACCCGGACCAGUUCAUCCACUUCAUUGAGCUCUGA